AUGUCGAUACGCCGGAAAAGCGAUCCGUCUAUGACCCAACGUAUUUGGGAUACAAUUAAAAUCACGGUGCAUCAAAGAAGUUUACCCAGUAACGACCGUAUGGUGCGACAUUUGGCUCGUGUUUACGGCUUCACCGAACAGGAAGCUCAGGAGGAACUCAAUAAGGCUGUUGAGGACGGUCUUGUCUUCUUGAAGAAAGUACCCACGAGAAACGGCAUCGAGCAAGAGAGUUACAGAUUACCGCCGAUGGAUCUAUUGGCUACUGCCGACAGUCACGAUUGGUAUUGUUACAAGUGUCAAAGAGCAGGAGCAGUUGAGUGCUGCGAACAAUGUCACAGAGUGUAUCAUCCGGAAUGCUACAGCAGCAGUACUGUAAAAUCGAAGAUCUGUAACUUUUGCGAGAAAAUAAAUAGCGACACAUAUCCCGACAAGACUGAGCUGAAUCACAUCCUCAGCUUCACAUGCGGCCAUCUGAAAGCAAAAUUACCGCCGGAAAUCACAAAUCGCACGAUCGUUUUUAACAACGGCCCAAUCGUUACGCCCGCCAAUGGCUUCUCCGGGCCAACCUGGGUGAGCGAGGGCGAGGAUGCUUGGCGACCGAGUAUUCUCGUAAAGAAACACAUGGAUUUGGCGAUAAUGGACGCAAAGACGAGCAACAAAGAGUACAAGAAUCUCGCCGAGUUUGAGGCUGACGCGCACAAUAUUCUACACAACAUCAUGAUAUAUCACGGAACUCAAAGCGUAAUAGGGGACAUGGGCCAAUCGAUGUACCAGGAUUGUUGUUACGAUCUUCAAGAGAUUCGCCGUUGUGCAGACUGCUAUCGCAUAUCGAAUGAAAAGUCCGAAAAGAUGUGGUUUUGCAUACCGUGCAACCCUCCUCAUCAGUUGGUCUAUGCGAAGCAGAAAGGAUAUCCGUACUGGCCCGCCAAAGUUAUGCAGGUUAACGGCAACGUGUACGACGUGCGUUUCUUCGGAGGUCAUCAUAUGAGAGCCCACAUCGAGAAAGUCUUUAUUCGGCCCAUCUCCUCUACGCCGCAAAAUUUGCAACCUCCGGAAAAAGGGAAGUGGAAAGAAAUGGAGAUAAAAAGAUCUACGGCAUGGAACAGGGCUUUCGAAGAGCUGAAGCAUCACCAGCAUUUGCUGGCGAAGAUGGGGAAGAAGAAGGAGGACAUUAAUACUACAGAGGACGACGACGACGGUCCUACUCCCGCGAAAAUACGGAAUCAAGAAUCGUCGAGUUCGAAGGGUGCAUCGCAUAGUUCGAAUCUGCCGAAGCAGUUGAUGAAGGAUCUGAGAGUGAAAGUCGAAAGAUUGAGCUCGGAUGGACACGAGACGCAGACCGCGAACGAUGCGGCAGAUAACAAGGUCAACGCCUCGAAGAGCAACGGAGCGAACGAAGAUAGACAGGUGCCUCAUUUACCGGUGGCGGAGGACGAGCCCGCUCGGGAAAUAACGAGUACCUGUCCGCAAGGUUUGAGAAAGGAGGGCUCACAAGAGGAUAUGGUCACGUCCAGUUGCCAAGAACCGAGAUCGAAGUGCGUACUCGUGCAGACUGAACAAAUUCAAGCGGAUGGGCUUCCUCCAGCUAAAAUCAAGAGGGAACGCAGAACUUCCGAACAACCGUUGACAACGGCGUUGGAAAAGUUACGUCGUGAACUGGAGCUUGACAAGUGUAGGGAACUGGAGAGACUACAGGCGGAAUACAGGAAAGAGCUACGGCAAAUGGAGCAGAGGCACAAACAAGCGAUAUCUGACAUAAAAAAGAAACAAUGGUGUUACAACUGCGAAAUUGAAGCGAUAUAUCAUUGUUGUUGGAAUACCGCAUAUUGCAGCACGGAGUGCCAACAAAUUCACUGGCAACGCGAGCAUAAAAGGGUGUGCAGACGUAAGCGUUAAUUCACCUGAAGAAUGCGACAAGUACAAUAAUAAACGCGUUUAAAAAAAUAAGAGUAUUCGUUUUCAUAUACAUGUACAUAUACAUAUAUAUGUACAGAGUGUCCCGGGGAAUAUCCACCCCAAUAUCUCUGUUAGUAAUCGUAACUAUUAGAUGUGAUUAGAUUAAAUCUGUAAAAAAAUGCUUGUUAUGUAGUAUCAAAUCAAAGUAGAUUCUAUGUUUUUAAUUUUAUGAACAGAGAAAAUAAAAACUUAAAUAGUAAAAUAAGCAAAUAAAUUUAAGAUAACUAUAAAUGUAGAAACGAACGAUAAAUUUUCGUUUAAUUUUUGACUAACUAGUGAAUUUCUCCAAUUAAAUGUGCUAAGAAUAGAAAUGCAAUGAAUAUGAUAUAUAUAUAUAUAUAUAUAUAUAUACACACAUAUAUAUAUAUAGAUACAUACAUAUAUACAUACACAUAUAUAUAUACAACGGAGAGAGAGGGGAGGGGGUGCUCUGUAUGCAUAUAUAUACAUAUUUAUAUAAAAUCUGUAGAAGCACAUUAAUAUAUUCUUGACACAAAUUCAGUAUGCCUUUAUGAACUUCCAUCUUAAAAAAGGUGGAAGAAUUGUUAUGUGUACACACAAAUAAAUCUUAAAAGACUGUUCUUACAUGUACCAAGUGAUACAGCAAAGUAAUUUUCGAAUGAUCAUAGUUUUAUACAUCUUGAUAACUGUGCAACAAAUUUCGAAGGAGGAUGAUGAUUAUAGGAUCAUAUGUGUGAGAAAAUAAUUCUUAAGAUAUAUAUAUAUAUAUAUAUAUAUAAUCUCGUUAAUCUCUUGGCGUGUGCGCGCGCGCGCGGGCAAUUAUGUCAUUCUUAUUAGAUAUAAUAAACUUUGGUUCCAUAUGCAAUACGAAUAACAGAUUUGAAUGUAACUGUAUACGCGUGUUAAUGAUAAUACGAACAAAUGAAUAUUGUUACUAAAUAUUAGUAGUAAUGGAAAGUUCUUAGCUUUAAGUUUUGCAUCGACCGAAGCAACAUUUUAAAUCGAAAUAUUUUGCCGUCAUUUUGCGGUUUUGAAGUGUUGAUUAAUGAUUAAAAAACGCCAUGUAACAAAAGGCAUAACCUCAAAAGUUAAUAGUGUUCAUGAUAGCAAUAACUAAAGAGCAUAUUCGAUUUUCUAUCCAGCAUCUCUAAAACAAUGCUGCUGAAGUUGCCGAAAUGAUUUGUACUGCAUAUAGUGAUAAUGCUGUAAGUCACAUAACGUGUAAAAAUUAGUAUAAAAAAUUUCGCGACAGCAAUUUUGGUCUGAAAGACGCCGCGUCCUCGACGAACUGUCAAGUUUAUAUCGGAUGAGCUGCAGGUAUUAUUAAAUCAAAACAUAGCGUUCAAAAAGAACUUGCAGAACAGCUGGGAAUCAGCCAAAAAGCCAUUUCCGUUUGCAUCAAUUAGGAAAAAUUUGGAAGAGAGGAAAGUGAAUGCUGCAUGAAUUGCUGAAGAAAACAAAGUGUGCCAACACCACACUAUCUUCUAAGUCGAUCCAAACAAAAGGUUUUUUUGCAAUGAAUCAUAGAUGAUGAAAAACUGAUCCUGUACGAUAAUCUCAAGCGCAAAAAAUCAUGGGUAAAUCUUGACUAGUCAAUGACAUUCAUUGCAAUAUCCACAACAAGAAGGUUUUGCUCUGUAUUUGGUGGAACUGAAAAGCUGUGCUCUAUUAUGAGCUGCUGAAACCAGAUGAAACAAUCACGGCAGAUCGCUACCAGUAGCAACUCAUUAAUUUGAGCGAUGUAUUGCAGGAAAAGAGGCUAUUUACUGGGCAAGGAAACCACAAAGUCAUUCUAUUGCACGACAACGCACGGCCACAUAUUGCUGAGGCGACGAAGCUGAUCAUCGUUGGGCUAGGAACUUCUUCUGCACGUGGCGUAUUUACCAGACAUGGCUUCUUUCGAUUAUCAUCUAUUCCGGGCAAUGCAGCAUCACUUGGCUGAUACACACUUUAGAAUAGAAGUUCGAAAAAGCAUCGAUAACUUUAUCGUUCGAAACCAAUGUGCUUUUAUUACCGAGAAAUUCGCAAGCUGCCCGAAAAAUGGCAGGUUAUCAAUAAUAACGAGGAAUAUUUCGAUGAUUAAGUUAUUUCCGUUUGUUUUCAAAUAAAGAUUGAAUUUUGCAAAAAAGA